GAGACAGUAACAGACGAGGGAUAUUCCACUUCCAUCUCCGCUCUCUGCAGAGACAGAGAGAAAUGGCGAGUCCUCCGAAGCCAUGGAAGGCCGAGUACGCGAAGUCGUCACGAUCUUCUUGCAAGACAUGCAAGAGCCCAAUCGAGAAGGAGAAGUUCAGGCUCGGAAAGAUGGUCGCUGCGUCGCAGUUCGACGGUUUCAUGCCUAUGUGGAAUCAUGCUGACUGCAUCCUGAAGAAAGCAAACCAGAUCAAGUCGCUAGAUGAUGUCGAAGGCAUCGACUUGCUUCGAUGGGAAGAUCAGCAGAAGAUAAGAAAGUAUGUAGAGGGAGGUUCCAUAAGUACAACUCCUAUCGCUGCAAAUGAAUGUGCCAUUGAAGUUUCGCAAAAUUCUAGAGCUGCUUGCAAGCGCUGCAAUGAAAAGAUUAUGAAAGGAAAUGUCCGUGUUGCAAUGAAGCCUGAUGGAGGCGCUAAGGGUCUAGCAUGGCACCAUGUCAGCUGUUUUAUACAAAUGUCUCCAUCUACACAAGUGGAGAAGUUGUCUGGUUGGGACAGCCUUUCAACUCAAGAUAAGGAAGCCGUACAUUCCCUAGAUAAAAAGGAUGCAUCCACCGCCAGAAAUGCUGAAAUGCUAGAAAUUAAAGAAAAACAACAAGCAUCUUCCAAAGGCACAAAACGCAAGAAAGCUGCGGACAAUGACCAGAAGACAAAAGUUCCUAAAAGUGAAGGGAAUAUGACUACUGGCAGCGUUUCAACUAACAAGAAUGGUGAUGAAUCUGGAAAUCAUAAUUCAAGUGCCAAGAAUUUGGACCAUGCCCUGGAAGAACAAAGUAAGGCAUUGUGGGCUAUAAAAGAUGACCUUAAAAGGCAUGUUACGACAACAGAGUUACGUGAAAUGCUUGAAGCUAAUGGUCAAGAUUCAACAGGAUCUGAGUUCGAUCUACGGGAACGUUGUGCUGAUGGAAUGCUGUUUGGAGCACUGGGUAGCUGCCCAAUCUGUUCUGGUUCCCAAUGGUAUUCUGGAGGCCAGUAUCGUUGCCAUGGGUAUGUAUCAGCUUGGAGCAAGUGUGCAUACACAACUGUCGAACCUGUACGGCUGAAGGGAAAAUGGAAAAUUCCAGAAGACACAAGUAAUCAAUAUCUUUGCAAGUGGUUCAAAUCGCAAAAGGCAAACAAACCUAAUCGGGUUCUGCCUCCGCCAUCUUCCAACAAAUCUUCAGGAAGUGAAGCUGCUCCUGGUUCAUGUCAGUCUUCUAAAGGCGACAAAUUGGAAGCUCUGAAAGUUGCAAUCACUGGAUUACAGAAGGAAUCCAUGGAUGAAUGGAAGACCAAAAUUGAAGGGGCGGGUGGAACCGUUCAUGCCAAGGUCAAGAAAGACUCUAGCUGCUUGAUUGUAAGCGGAGAACUGGAUGAUGAUGAUACUGAGAUCAGAAAAGCUAGGAGGAUGAAAGUACCCAUUGUAAGGGAGGAUUAUCUGGUCAAUUGUUUUAAAAAGCAGAAGAAGCUUCCAUUUGAUCAGUAUAAGAUUGAAGCUGUCAGUGAGACUUCGAGAAGUGGUAUGGUGACUGUAAAAGUCAAAGGAAGAAGUGCUGUGCAUGAAGCAUCUGGCCUGCAAGACUCGGGUCACAUUCUUGAGGAUGGGACAAGCAUCUAUAAUACGACAUUGAACAUGUCCGACCUAUCGACUGGCAUUAACAGUUACUACAUCCUUCAAAUCAUCGAAGAAGACAAAGGAUCAGACUGUUACGUGUUCCGCAAGUGGGGUCGAGUUGGAAACGAUAAGAUUGGUGGAACCAAACUGGAGGAGAUGUCAAAAUCCGAUGCAAUUAAGGGAUUCAAACGUUUAUUCCUAGAGAAGACGGGAAAUCCUUGGGAAGCGUGGGAAAAGAAAAAGAAUUUUGAGAAGCAACCUGGCAGAUUUUUCCCUCUUGACAUUGAUUAUGGGGUUAACAAACAAGUGUCUAAGAAGAAAGAUGUUGGAGAUUCCAAGAGCAAACUUGCUCCUCAACUGAUAGAAUUGAUUAAUACGCUGUUUAAUGUUGAGACUUACAGGGCUGCUAUGAUGGAGUUUGAGAUCAAUAUGUCAGAAAUGCCACUUGGAAAGCUAAGCAAAAGCAAUAUCCAGAAGGGUUUUGAAGCAUUAACGGAGUUACAGAAUCUACUAAACAGUAAUGACCAUGACACAUCUGUUAAGGAGAGCUUGAUCGUUGAUGCCAGCAAUCGGUUCUUCACUAUGAUUCCCUCAAUUCAUCCGCAUGUCAUUAGAGAUGAAGAUGAUUUUAAGUCAAAGGUGAAAAUGUUAGAAGCUCUUCAAGACAUUGAAAUAGCUUCCAAGCUUGUUGGUUUUGACAUAGACAAUGACGAGUCUGUCGAUGACAAAUAUAAGAAGCUCCGCUGUAACAUCGAUCCACUUCCUCAUGACAGUGAAGACUAUCGAUUGGUUGAGAAGUAUCUCCUCACAACUCAUGCUCCUACUCAUAAGGAUUGGACUCUUGAGCUGGAGGAAGUUUUUGCACUCGAUAGAGAAGGAGAAUUUGAUAAGUUCGCACCUUACAGGGACAAGCUUCAGAAUAGGAUGCUCUUGUGGCAUGGUUCUCGCCUGACAAAUUUUGUGGGCAUCCUCAGCCAAGGACUACGAAUAGCACCCCCAGAAGCUCCAGCUACUGGCUACAUGUUUGGCAAAGGGGUUUACUUCGCCGAUCUUGUCAGCAAGAGUGCACAGUAUUGCUAUACCGAUAAAAAGGAUCCAGUAGGUCUUAUGCUUCUUAGUGAAGUUGCCUUGGGAGAGGUCCAUGAGCUUAAGAAAGCCUCGUAUAUGGACCGUCCUCCAGAAGGGAAGCACUCAACGAAAGGGCUUGGCAAGAAGAUACCUCGAGAGUCAGAGUAUGUCAAAUGGAGGGAUCAAGUGGUCGUGCCUUGUGGACAACCUGUUAAUUCGACUGUGCGAGCCUCUGAGCUAAUGUAUAAUGAGUAUAUUGUUUACAAUACUGCUCAGGUCAAGAUGCAAUUCUUGCUCAAGGUGAGGUUUCAUCACAAGCGGUAAGUAGGUAAGAAAGACGAAAAACAAGCCCUUUUUUGGUGGGGGCUUUUCUUUUUUUGGGAGAUGGUAUAUAUUGUGCAAAGGUAAAUGUGUUAGUGGUUGUCAUUUUGAUUUUUUCUUUGCAUAACACAUAACAUCAAAAGGAUUUGAUAUGGUGCUUCUUUUGGUGUCCUCUCUACAAUCCCGCAAUCUAAAUUCCUUUUGGGUUUUGGUUGA